GCGCUGUCCAGCCUGUCAGCUGACGACGGUGGCGACCUCCUCUUCAUUUCCGCUGCGGGCAGACACGUACUUGCAGAACGCAUGAGUUUUGCAUUUAUCGGCUAAAAUCGAGUUUGUUUUCCUGUUACUAGUGUUGAAACGUUGCAGAAAAUGGCUGGUACCCUAUACACCUAUCCGGGAAAUUUUCGCGCAUACAAAGCGUUGAUUGCGGCCCAGUUUUCCGGUGCCAAAGUGAGCUUGGCUUCGGAUUUCGUUUUUGGCGAAACCAAUAAGAGUGAAGCAUUCCUGAAAAAGUUUCCUCUCGGAAAGGUUCCGGCCUUCGAGACCGCGGACGGUAAGUUCCUAACGGAAAGCAAUGCCAUUGCGUAUUACGUUGCCAACGAACAGCUGAGAGGUAAAACUGAUUUCGAGAAAGCCGAGGUACUAUCGUUUUUGUCUUUCGCCGAUAAUGAGUUGCUUCCGGCAGUUCAUGGUUGGGUUUUCCCCAUUCUCGGAAUCAUUCAGUACCAGAAAAACAAUGUCGAGAGAGCCAAGCAAGAUGUGAAAGCUGCCUUGACAGCACUGAAUACUCGUCUAUUGCGGCAAACUUUCCUGGUUGGGGAACGUCUCACCCUUGCCGAUAUUGUCGUUUUUGCCACGCUACUGAGCGCCUACGAAAAUGCUCUGGAUCCGUCCUUCCGUGCACCUUUCGGCAGUGUUACGCGUUGGUUCACCACUGUACUGAACCAACCGCAGGUGAAGGCCGUAGUGCAGAGUUUGACCCUCUGCGCAAAGGUGGCCGAAAUCGAUCCGAAAAAGUUUGCCGAGUUCCAGAUUAAGACCGGUGGUGCCUCACAUCAGCAGCAACCGAAGAAGGAAAAGGAGAAGAAACCACAGCCUCCACCAGCACCCAAGAAGGAACAGCAGGCGGAAGAGUUAGAUGCUUGCGAUCUAGCUCUGGCCGAGGAACCCAAAUCUAAGGAUCCGUUCGAUGCCAUGCCGAAGGGCACAUUUGUGUUCGACGAUUUUAAGCGGUUUUACUCCAACGAAGACGAAGCCAAGUCGAUUCCGUACUUCUGGGAAAAGUUCGAUCCGGAGAAUUACUCUAUCUGGUAUGGCGAGUACAAAUAUCCUGAAGAACUGAGUAAGGUUUUUAUGAGCUGCAAUCUGAUCACCGGAAUGUUCCAACGUCUAGACAAAAUGCGCAAACAAUCUUUCGCCUCGGUUUGCCUAUUUGGUGAGGACAACAACAGCACAAUCUCUGGUAUUUGGGUUUGGCGUGGUCAGGAUCUUGCAUUCACAUUGUCCCCGGAUUGGCAGGUGGAUUACGAAGUUUACGACUGGAAAAAACUGGAUGCCAACUCGGAAGAAACGAAAAAACUGGUGGCGCAGUAUUUCUCUUGGUCCGGUACCGACAAACAGGGUCGUAAAUUCAAUCAGGGUAAAAUUUUCAAAUAGAGAGCAUAUCGCAUGUCCUGAAGCAGCGGCAGCAGUGCUAGAUGCUGUGGCUUUUAUCGCUCUUGCUGAACCACAUCUGUGAACCUCUUAUCGAACACGUUGAAACAGCAUCUCGUUACAACUGAACAACACUAACAACAUCCACAAAAGUAACAACAAGGAUCGUACCAAUACUUUUUUUGUUAAAAUAAAACAAUUCUUAAGAUAUAA